AUGCGACUGCAACUCCCAAAAGAUUCAGUGUUAUGCUCGAUGCUUCUCAACAAAAUCGAUCCAGGUGUCAUCGCUCCUAUCUCAUACAGAUUUAGGGCUUUCUUGGUUCAAGGCGCUCAUAUAGCAAAUGGAGGUCCUGUUUCUGAUUUUGAUGAAAGAUGGAUCACUUUUACUGCAAUGGAGAUUGUAGAGUCACAUAACUCACCUGCACAAAAUGCAGUGAUUCUUGUUUUCAAUAGGACUGUUGAGUCUGGGCUUCAAAAGCAUCAACUGGGACCUAGGCAAAUCCAUUUAAACAAAAUGAUCCGUAUAAGAGGAGAUGUGACCCAAAGAUCUGGAGUUUUUUCUCAAUUACAGCAAGUGAAGUAUGAUUGUAACAAAUGUGGAACAGUUUUAGGGCCUUUUAUCCAAAAUUCUUAUUCAAAAGUGAAAGUUGGUUCUUGCCCAAAAUGCCAAUCAAAGCGUCCAUUCACUAUCAACAUUGAGCAGCCAAAUAUGCAGUCCAAAUUACAAAACGAGGGUUUAGAGUCCAAACAAUUUUGGGAAAUUUUAGAUGGAAAAUCUAAAUACCCAAGUCAGAAAAUUGCUAGAGAUGUUGACAGUGAUCCCCAUUUGUUCACAUGCACAUUUUCAAAAGGAGAUCUCAAGGUCACUGAGAUAUACAACUUCAGCCAGGAUGAUUUGAUGACUGAAGAUAUAUUUAUCCUUGAUUGUCAUUCCAACAUCUUUUUUUCCUAUAAAAAAACUUUGGCAUAUGAAGACGCUUCGGAGGCUGGAAAUCAACUUGAGUUGUCUUUUUAUGAGAAUUUAUUGGAACUUCUGGAGUUAACAAUGUCAUCAAACACAGCUGAAACUGUGAAAAGAGCCAAAGAACUGAUGGAAUUAGGAGUUUACCCUACGGUCCUCAUGUCUCAAAUGGCUACACUUAUUAUGGACAUUAUUGCUGGAACAUAUCAAGUAAUUGAAGCUAGUGCUGACUCAUUGUUUGAUGGUAGAAGCUCCUCGGAAUCCAUACGAGACACUGGAGCAGUUGCAAGUUCUCGGGCUGCUGAAAUUGGGCUUGAUAUUCUAGCACAAACAAUCCAGACGAGCAUUGUGUUUACAUUAGAAGAAGACCCUAGGGUCUUGUUCAAUGCUUUAGCUGUGUUUGCACUAAGGGAGAUCAACUUAUCAAAAGUAACCUUCUCAACAACAACAUUCUACUUAAGCAGGUGAGUAAUCAAAGAUUAAGGGAGACUUGUAAUAAUGUUUGGC